CAACUACACAAGUGAACAAGUGAAGUCAUCAAAAUAAAUUCAAGUCAGAAAAUACUCACAUCGGCGGCAAUGGCUCCGAUUGCUUCCAAGCUCUACACUGACGAUGUAAGUUUGGUGGUACUAUUACUCGACACCAAUCCAUAUUUCUGGACUUCAUCUUCUAUCUCGUUCUCCCAUUUCCUUUCUCACAUUCUCUCAUUUGUGAAUUCAAUUUUGCUGCUCAAUCAGCUGAAUCAAGUUGUGAUCAUUGCGACUGGUCACAAUACUUGUGGUUACAUUUACGAUUCGUCGUUGUCGUCGGUUUCGUCAUCGAUUUCUUCCAAUCAGAGCUCCGAUGAUGUUAAAAUGCCGGCUUUUUGCUCGGAAGUGCUCAAGAAUUUGGAGGAUUUUGUGAGUAAUGAUGAGAGUUUGAGCUCUGUUGGUGCUGCUAAUGGCGUAGGUUCCUCUCUUUUAUCGGGUUCCCUGUCUAUGGCUCUUUGUUAUGUUCAGCGUGUUUUUCGAUCCGGGCCGCUUCAUCCUCAGCCAAGGGUGAGUUGCUUGAUUGUAUUUUGUGUUUGUAGGUUUUUAGUCUUGUUUGUGUUUCAUCAUGUUAUGUACAGUGUAAAACUUGGACAUUUCUCAGCUGACGUAGUUGUUUGUGAUUUUGGCUGUGGACCUGAGCAAUAUGUUGCUGUGAUGAAUUCCAUAUUUUCAGCUCAGCGUUCCAUGGUCCCGAUUGAUUCUUGUGUUAUAGGAGCACAGCAUUCUGCCUUCUUGCAGCAGGCGUCUUACAUUACUGGCGGGGUCUAUUUGAAACCUCAGCAACUCGACGGGCUAUUUCAGUAUCUUUCUACUGUUUUUGCUACUGACUUGCACUCGAGGAACUUCAUACAACUUCCUAAACCUGUAGGCGUUGAUUUUCGUGCCUCGUGUUUUUGCCACAAAAACACGAUAGAUAUGGGUUACAUAUGCUUGGUAUGCUUGUCGAUAUUCUGUAUGCACCACAAGAAAUGUUCUACAUGUGGGUCAGUUUAUGGCCGAGCCCAGUCAGAUGCAUCAUCAGUAUCAGGUCAGAAGAGAAAAGAUCCAUCAUGAUACACGUGUUCAGUAUUUCUGCUCAAAUUUUUACUCAGCGCAAAUGAUGGGUUUCAAUCAUUUGCUGCUAUAUGCUUACAUGGCUCCAUGAAGCUUCGUUUAUGAGAGUCCAAAAACUGUUAAGCAUGGUCAAUUCUGUUAUUCCUGGUAUAAGCAGAUAUGAAAUGAUACAGGAUCACUACACAAUUUUCUGAUACUGCAAUUUCUUCUGGUUAGGCAUAGUUGGUUAGAUUAUGUUUUUCUCCCUAUAGUUCUUUGGCGAUAAAUCAUAUGCUUUAUUUCUUUGUAGCUUUUUAUUAAUAUCAGAUAACUAAGUUGAUUGUUUUGAAGAGUGAUAAUAACAGCAGAUGUUGCUAUGUUUUGGAUAACUUUACGUCUCUUUUUGUACAAUGUUUUUUCCAAA